UGACUGCGUCUAAGCUGGAUUUAGAAUGAACUGACCAGUCAACCCAACACUGGUUUAAGACUGCAGUGUUUCCUGGAACCGGAACAGAGCAGAGCUGCUGUGAAUGACGGGAAAAAUUAAUGUGGCAGCAUCGAUUCAGACCAUGGAAAUAACACUGAAAGCUUUUCCUCUAAAGGUGGUGAAUAUUCCAUGGAGGAAUAAUAACCUCAGUACUCUCCAUACAGACCCCCCCCUCUCUGACCAAGGUGAAACCAUCAUUGGAAUCUACCUGUUGGUGUUGGGAUGGCUGUCGUGGUUCGGGAACAGUUUAGUUAUAUUUGUCCUGUACAGGCAGCGGGCUUCACUUCAACCAACGGAUUUCUUCACUUUGAACCUUGCCAUUUCUGACGCCAGCAUCUCGGUGUUUGGCUACUCCAGAGGAAUCGUGGAAAUAUUCAAUAUCUUAAAGGAUGAUGAUUAUUUGAUCACGUGGAUCUGGACCUGCCAGGUAGACGGCUUCUUCACGUUGCUUUUUGGCCUUGUUAGCAUCAACACCUUGACCGUGAUCAGCGUCACCAGAUACAUCAAGGGAUGCCACCCACAAAAAGCUCACUGUAUCAGCAUCAACACGAUUGCAAUAUCGCUGAUCUUCAUUUGGUCUGGAGGGUUGUUUUGGGCCGGUGCCCCACUUCUGGGAUGGGGCAGCUACACAGAUCGAGGUUACGGCACCUGUGAGGUGGAUUGGUCCAAAGCCAACUACUCUACGAUUUACAAGUCGUACAUCAUCUCCAUCCUCAUCUUCUGCUUCUUCAUCCCCGUGAUGAUCAUGCUCUUCUCCUACGUCUCUAUCAUCAACACAGUGAAAAGCACAAAUGCCAUGUCUGCUGGUGGCUUCCUCUCCACCCGCCAAAGGAAAGUGGAGAGGGAUGUCACACGGAUCUCCAUCGUAAUCUGCACGGCUUUCAUCAUGGCCUGGUCGCCAUAUGCAGUGGUGUCCAUGUGGUCAGCCUGGGGCUUCCAUGUGCCCAGCACCACCAGCAUCUUCACUCGUCUCUUCGCCAAGUCUGCCAGCUUCUACAACCCUAUAAUAUACUUUGGCAUGAGCUCAAAAUUCCGCAAGGACAUCUCCAUAUUGCUGCCUUGCACAAGAGAGAACAGGGAAGUGGUGCGUCUGCAACACUUUAAAAAUCUCAAACCUAAGGCCGAAGCCCCGCCCCCACCUGCAUUUCUUCCUGUCCAGAGGAUGGAGGCAAAAAGCAUAGCAGGAGAACUGAAGCCAUCCGAUCCUGAGAGCGAUUCAGGGGUCAACAGCCCUCCGCAUACAACCCCGGAGAUCUUCCACAUUGAUAUGCCAUCACACAUUGAAACAUCAGAGUACUGUUGUGACAGACUCUGAGGACUGUUUCCAUUUCACUUAAAACUAACACUUGAAGAACAAGGGGAGAUUAAGAAUAAUUUUGCAUUUUUUGGUCUUGCUCAUGUUCGUAAACUGUAUCUGUUACAUGUCUUAAUAAAUUAUUUGCUGUG